AGCAAUUGUAAUGUUACAGUGUGUCACGUGCUAUGAACAGCGUAUCAGAUGAGUGCACUCCUCUAAAGCACGAUUACGACGCCUGCUUUAACUCGUGGUACAGCGAGAAGUUCCUCAAAGGAAUUCCCAGUGACGAGUGUGACGACCUCUUUAAGAACUACCAGGCUUGUGUCAAGAAAGCGCUAGCAGAGAAAGGACUAGAAAUACCAGACUUCACCCCGGACGCCCAGGAAGAUGGGUCUGACGGUAAGGACACGUAAUGAGGUGCAGUUUGUGCAACUGUUGGAGAGAACCCGCGCGCUGGAGGAUGGUAGUUGGAGAAAGCCACAUUAUUAUGAGCAUCUGAAGAAACUACACUUGCAGCUCAAAGAAACGCCAGGAUUGACAGCUGACGAUCGUGUAAGUUACGAGAAGUCUAUGAAAGAACUCGAACAAGUCAUGGCUGAUAUAUCCCAGCCGAAAGUUGAGCGACCGUCCCAAAUCUCGGAGUUAAUCCAUCGCCGUCGUACUAAAGUGGAGGAACAACAACGGUUGAAAACGCCUGAAAAAUUAGUGGUCCCAGGAUUUGCUGCUGAGACUUCGCUUUCUACUUCUUUUAGAGAAGAAUAUGUACCAGAAAAAGAUGUUUCUGAGGUUGUGAAGCAGCACAAAGAGCGACAAUCAAAGCUAGCUGAUCAAAUGCUAAAGAUGACUCAGAACCUAAAACAAGUCUCGGUGGCAGCACGUGACAUCAUACAACAAGAUAACCAGAACUUAUCCGGUGUACAGGACGUUGUGGAUAGAAACACAGCUAAACUUGGUAAAGAGACGGCUCAGUUGGAAAAGUUUAACCAGAGCAGUGGCAAGUGCUGGGUUUGGACUCUGAUAUUCGUUGUCAUGGUGAUAUUUAUUGUAAUGGUGAUAUUUAUCAGACUUUUUCCUAGGAAGAGAUAAAAUUCUGGAAGAGAUUGACGUAAUUGAUACUUUGAUUUAGUGUUUUGAACUUGAUACUUAGUUUUCAAACAGAGUCAGUUACAGUUCUUCGACUGUAGUGUUUAAUAAAUUUGUUCUGAUCUUGAUAAAUUACCAGACUUUAUUGGGUUUUACAUUCGA